GUAAGAUCUGAUUAACAUUUCAUAACAGACAUUGACGUAUAUAAUUUUUUUUUUCAUUACUCAUCCAGAAGACAGAUCUUUCGAGCAUACUGCCUAGUCUUACUGUUUUAGGUGCGUGAAAUCAAAAUGUCAACUCCUGCGAGAAGACGCCUGAUGAGAGAUUUUAAACGCUUACAAGAAGACCCACCCACUGGUGUGUCAGGUGCCCCGACUGACAAUAACAUCAUGAUCUGGAAUGCUGUGAUAUUUGGACCUCAUGAUACUCCAUUUGAAGAUGGAACUUUUAAACUUACAAUAGAAUUUACAGAGGAAUACCCCAACAAACCGCCUACAGUGAGAUUUGUGUCCAAAAUGUUUCAUCCCAAUGUGUAUGCUGAUGGUGGUAUUUGCUUAGACAUCUUGCAGAACAGAUGGAGCCCGACUUAUGAUGUCUCAGCCAUCUUAACUUCUAUACAGUCAUUAUUAAGUGAUCCCAAUCCGAACUCUCCUGCAAACUCUAUGGCAGCACAACUGUACAAGGAAAACCGACGAGAAUACGAAAAACGGGUGAAAGCAUGUGUAGAACAAUCAUUUAUUGACUAGCAGGGGACAGACACAGCAAAGAUGUAGCGCAUCAGUGAAGUAUGCGCACGGCGCGCCGCCGUGAAUAUGGGCCGACACCUCCUUGUACAUUCAUUGGGACGAAUGUGUAAAUUGUAAUGACUAUUACCUGCAUAUGCACCACAUCGAUGCAACCAGUCUUAAUGUAGCUGAUUAUUGUAAGGUUUUGGUGAACUAAUUUUAUUAUUGUUAAUAAUGCCAAAAUUUCAAUGGAGUUAUUUUAAUUAUAGUAAAUUUUAUUUUAUGGCCAAUAUCAAGAUGACACUAACAGCAUAAUAAUUAUUUCAACACUAAGCCUAAAUUGUGUGAAUUACUAAUUUUGUAACCAGAUGCAAUUCCUCAUUAUUGUUAAUUAGAUAUUUACUAGUACUGUAGUAUUUAUAUAGCAAUUUGCGUCCCUACACAUUUUUUUUUUUUAAUAUAUACUACAUCAGUCAGUAAAUUCAUUUUUUUUUAUAUCUAGUUGACAAAAUGUGGUUAAAGAUAAUGCACAUUAGAGAAAUUUAAUUCACCUAUGCAAUAAUUGUUAUUCAUUUUGUAUUCAUAUUCAUUAUUUUUCUACAGAAAUCUAACAAUAGAUAUUGAUAUCCAAGAUUGGUUGUAAAAGUUAAAAUGUUUCCUGACCAUUGAAAAGUUAAAUAAUUCACAAUGAUGAACCAAUAUUACAGAUUGUUAAGUGCAAUGAUAAGCAUCAACUGUUAACAAGUAUGAUCACCAAUGUUUACCUAAAAUAGUACAAGUUUGUGUUUCAAAAAUCUAUAUUUUAUGUAUAGAAAUCAUUUCUGUUAAUACUGCUGCACAAAUUAAAAUUGAAUCCCGCAUUAAUGUGUCCCAAUGGAUAUUUUGAAAAAUUGUGUAGCAGCUUGUUUUCUAAUAAUGCUGGAAGUUUGAGAUGUCUUACAUGUUCUAAGGACAUUACGUAUGUGUAAUAUUUUGUCUUCUAGUAAAAUAUUAUUUUCGGUUUUAA